GCUGUCACAGGAGCUGAGCUCUGCACUGCGGCUGCCGGGAAGCGAGCGGGACGCCGGGGCUGUAGCGGAGGGUGCGCACGGGUGGAGGCGCGCAUCCCGCAUGGAGGCGCCGAGGAGCGCGCCGCGGGAGCGGGAUCGGGAGCGCUCUCGGACCACCUCAGGAAGUGACCAAGUUCACUCCUGGAUACUUGUUACAAGCCAAGUCCUUAGUGCUGCCUGGAGAAUAGCAAGGGCCUCUGUGAUGCCGGCGCUCUCUCUUCUGUCAGCCACCCUCAGCUACUUCAGAAGCCUGUAUUUAUACUUAGGGCAUCAGCUGAAAUGGUGGAUCGGCUAUCUACAGAGAAAGUUCAAAAGAAACCUCAGCGUGGAGGCAGAAGUAGAUUUACUCAGUUAUUGUGCAAGAGAGUGGAAGGGAGAAGCCCCGCGUGCCAGACUGAUGCGGAAGGCCUAUGAGGAACUGUUCUGGAGGCACCAUGUUAAAUGUGUUCGAGCAGUCAAGAGAGAUAACUACGAUGCUCUCAGAUCUGUGUUGUUCCAGAUCUUCAGUCAAGGCCUCUCCUUCCCAUCAUGGAUGAAGGAAAAAGACAUCGUUAAGCUGCCUGAAAAACUACUCUUUUCUCAAGGCUGUAACUGGAUCCAGCAGUACAGUUUCGGGCCUGAGAAGUACACAGGUUCCAAUGUGUUUGGAAAGUUACGGAAAUGUGUGGAGUUACUGAAACUGCAGUGGACUGAGUUUAGUGGGAUGAGAGAUCACCACAAGAGAGGGAGCAUGUGUAACAGCCUCUUCUCCGACGCCAUCCUGGAGUGUAAACUGUAUGAAGCUUUGAAGUUCCUCAUGCUCUACCAGGUCACAGAAGCGUAUGAGCAAAUGAAGACCAACAAGGUUAUCCCCAGCCUUUUCAGACUCCUGUUUUCCCGGGAGUCAUCGCCGGAUCCUUUGAGCUUCAUGAUGAAUCACCUGAAUUCCAUAGGCGACACGUGUGGUUUGGAUCAGAUUGACAUGUUUAUACUCGGGUAUUCUCUUCAAGUAAAGAUAAAAGUGUUCCGACUGUUCAAGUUCAACUCCAGAGACUUUGCAGUCUGCUACCCCGAGGAACCUCUCAGGGAGUGGCCAGAGAUCUCCCUGCUGACUGAGAAUGGCCACCAGUACCACAUUCCUGUCUUUUAAGUCCGCUGUGGACUGGACAUCAGUUCUUCUCAGAGACAGUGGGCACACGUGCAGAAAAUCACUUCUAAAAGACCCACAGUGGUGCUUCAGCCAAGGAGGGCUUCGAGACGGGUGGAGAGAGACGGGUGGUUUGCCUUCUGUUUCAGUGAGGUUCUCCAACGCAGCACACCUCUGUGCACCGACUUUGCCAUUGAGGGAUCCUCUGGGUUGGGUCUUUAAGACGAAGGGAAACUUAGUAUGGACAAAAAAUUGGAAGGGACACAACCUGAGCAGUGGGGAUUGUUUUAUCUCGGAUCUUCAUGUUCUUCAGUAAGAAUCUCUCUGUGGAUUUGGAACAAUCAUAAAUAAACAGGGCCAAGUUUUACAAGCAUUACCCUCCUGGGAGGGUCUUUGUUGUUUACUAAUUAUCCAGAACAGCCUGAUUAAUGUUAAAAUACUGUGUGUGUUUAUGUACAUAUCUGUUUAUAUAGACACACAAAUAUAUGUAUUCAUAUGUGUGCAUACACUGCAAACAGCCUCUGGUUUGUAAUAUUGUACAGUUUCUUUAUAUCGCUA